AUGGGUUUUGAGCAGGUAGAGCUUUCGCAGUUUGAAAAUGACAGAACUGUGCAAAUUCCAGAGACUAAGAACUUCACACUUUUUCAGACGGUCGAUUGGAUAGAGGAGAGUCAAAGUCUUGGUCAAAGUAAACCACAGGGCCCUUUCAAAGAGGUGGAAGAAGAGCUGUAUUUGGAAUCCAGGUGGCGACGCUGGCGUCAAUGGCUAUGGAACCGUCUUCGCGAAAUCGUUACGCUCACAUGCAUUGCUUUACUACUUGGGUUUAUUGCAGGUUCUAUACAAGUGGUGACAGAAGCACUGGUCAAUUGGAAAUCUGGACAUUGUAGCCGCAACUGGCUGCUGAAUAAAUCUUUCUGUUGCGCUGGUAUGACUGAAGACCAUGCUACAAAGCGUAUGUUUGUUGCACGAGAUGAGCUCAGCUGCAUUAAAGACGCAAUCUGGAUUGAAAGAACCAACCCGUUGGCCGAUUUUUUGUUAUUCAUAGUCCUCUCGUUAAGUUUUGCUAUGCUAAGUGGCCUCAUGGUCAGGUACAUUGCUCCUAUGGCUACCGGGUCGGGCAUAUCAGAAAUCAAAGUUUGGGUCUCAGGUUUCAAAUACAAAGAUGAAUUCUUGGAUCUCAAAACACUGGUUGUGAAAAGCGUGGCCCUUCCAUUGGCUAUCUCUUCAGGUCUAAGUGUAGGCAAGGAAGGUCCCUCCGUUCAUUAUGCUACCUGUUGCGGUUUCGUUAUUACCAACCUUCUGCUUAGACGCAGUCUCAGCUUCUCGCACCAAUCAGAAUACCUAAUAGCUUCUGCAGCUGGAGGCGUUGCCGUUGCGUUUGGAGCACCAAUAGGAGGUGUAUUGUUUGCGCUUGAGGAAAUGUCUACAACCUCCCAUUUCAAUCUAUCUGUGCUUUGGAAGUCCUACUUUGUCGCAUUGGGUGCAGUUGCCACUUUGCAAUACAUGAAUCCCUUCAGAAAUGGCAAAAUUGUUCUGUUCGAGGUAACCUACGAAAAUAAUUGGAGAAUUCAGGAAAUUCCCGUGUUUAUUAUUUUGGGAGUUUUUGGUGGGCUAUAUGGACUGUUGAUCAGCGACUGGAAUAUUCGAUACGUGAACUUCCGCAAAAAUUGUCUUCAGAAAUACAAACUCCAGGAAGUUGCUCUUUUGACCUUAGUCACAGCUUUGAUAUCGUAUUUCAACGAGUUUUUAAGGUUAGACAUGACCGAAAGCAUGGGGAUUCUCUUUCACGAAUGCACCGUAGACGACAACGGAUCUUUAUGGACCCACCGAAUCUGUCAACUGGAUUCAAACACACAUGGGAGAGUUUUCAUUCAAAUAUUCUUUUCCCUUGGAAUAGCAACAAUAAUGAGAUCGCUGCUAAUCAUCAUCUCAUAUGGCGCUUCCGUUCCUGCUGGUAUUUUCGUCCCUUCAAUGGCGGUGGGUGCAACAUUUGGUCGCGCUAUCAGCCUGAUAGUCGAACGGUGGAUCACCGGUCCCAAAGUUAUUACCCCCGGGACGUAUGCUUUUCUUGGGGCUGCUGCUACUCUAAGCGGCAUAACGAACCUGACAUUGACUGUUGUGGUCAUUAUGAUUGAGCUUACCGGUGCGUUUUCGUACAUCAUACCAUCCAUGGUUGUUGUAGCCGUGACGCACCUUGUUUUAAGAUCUAUUGGCGCGAAAGGGGGUAUCGCAGACCAAAUGAUAACGGUCAACGGAUUUCCCUUUCUUGAAAGCCUAGAAGACGAGGCUAGACAUCUUGAAGGAUACACGGUUCGCGACAUCAUGUCCAGUGUGCUUGCCUCUGUUCCUCAAGAAAUAUCUUUGGCGAGUCUAAUCCAUUUUUUGGAUACAAAUGACAAAUACAAACAGUACCCUGUGGUAGAGAAAGCUUCUGGCUUGCUUCUAGGGUAUUUAAAGCGAUCUGCCUUAUGCCUUGAAGUGGCAGCGGCAGUUGAGACCAAUGUUGAGCAUACCACGAUCAUCAUUUUCCAUGAAGAGCAACCGUUUCCAGUUCAUACCCAGCAAGAAGUAUUGAACCUUCAACAACUCGUGAACCGUUCACCGGUUUCAAUUUCAGGUCAUUCCUCCCUAAAGCUGGCUCAUUACUAUUUCCGAACACUGGGGUGUAAAUUUAUCGUUGUCGAAGCGAAUGGCACAAUUGAAGGACUUUUGACAAGAAAAGAUCUCUUGGGUUUUGAAAGACUCAAACACAAAGAAGUGCAUGGACCAUUGUACUCUUUCGAUUCCAGCAUAGAAAGCAGGCUAUCGUCUGCAGCAAGGAGUCUCUUUAGGCUGCCACAGACUGAAUUAUAG